GCGGACGAAUUUUUCUUUUGUCGUCAUCAGUGAGAUUUUCUUUGGGGCUUUUCAUUGUUCGCAAUCCUCGGAGGCUGCUGAAUUGUCGUGAAAAUAGGUGUAAAACUGUGCUUUCAAACAGUGAUAAACGGUGAUUGAUAAUAGAAACCAUGACGGGCUCUUGUAGAUAAGAUAAAGCAUGUUGUGAUACUUUUGAGUUCGACCAAAGAAAAUCUGGAAAAGUGCAGUCAAUUUCCAUCGUUCUUAUCGACAUAAGGCAUACUUAAUGGGGCGGAAGUCUCCGUGGUGUCUGCAGAUUCAUCGAUUUUUCGCAUCCUUUAUCGCGGCUCGGGUGCCGUUGACCAGCCGUGUUUCCGGAAGUAGCUCAAAUUAGUAAGCAAGACCAGAGUUAAGGCGACUCGUGAAAUGUCGUGACUUUAAUGAGUGCAGACAAACUGUCGCCAGUGCUGCUAGGUCGAAAGUAGAGUAACACGACGACAUGGCAGAACAGAAAAUCGAAACCACGACGACGGCGGUGGCUGUGGUUCUGGCAGAAAUGAUGAACGAUUGUAGCUAGAAAAGUGUGUUUUUUUUGGAAUAGCAACGGGGUUUAAUUCAUAAUGAGCUCAUGUGAUGAAACGGAGGCAUCUCCCGCUUUAUUGAGUGUGGAAAGCUUUGCCUCCGUACCUCCCGAAUCCUACGAUGAUCUGGAGGGAGCUGUCGGGACUUCCGAGGAGUGCGUUCUUGAAGUGGCUAGUGGUGGGGAGAACCUCAAACAGACCGACGAUGACGAGGAGGAAGAGGAACCGCCUGAGUUGAAAAACCAAGACGAUUUCCCACCCACACCGUACGAAGAGUGUCUCGAUCUAAAUGCGUUCGAAGUGCUCGCCAAACAGGAACAGCAGGAAUCUCAGGCCAGAUUAAAGCAGCAGCAGCAGGAUUCCACUAGUCUUAACUAUAUUGAUGGCGUUCCAUCCCCAGCACGUGACCAUUGCGCCACUAGUAAAAUUUCACCAACUUGUUGUUCAGCUACUUCUCCGACAUCUAACAAUGGCCACCACGGAGACUCGUGCGGAUCGUCCAAUUCAUCGGCACCCUGCUCGGGCGUUCGUCGGAAAGCCAAGGUCAAACCAACUUCCCAGGAAGAGCCAGUAUCGAACGGUACAAAGAAGAAGGUCCGUCCCAAUGGAUCCGUAAAGUCGUCACCCUCGCAGGAUUACCUCCAUAUAUGGGCCGCUGCAACCGCUACGGCUGAAGAACCAGACAGCCCAACCAUUCAAAUUCAUCGACCGCUGGAGCGAUCUUGGCCACCGAAGCAAUCUCGCAAACAGCAGGUCGGUUCGCAAUCGCAAGGUGCGGAGGAAUUUUCGUUCGAUAUCAUCGAUACGGAUGAACAAAGCUAUGGGAAUGAGCAGGAGUCGGUGGGUGCCGCUGCGGUAGAAUUUUCUCCCGGUGAGUUCUUCGAGCAGAAUCCCAAGCAGGUGCGCCACGAGAAGGUGGUUCGAGUGAUCAAGCAACCUUUAGAAGGGAUUAUUGAGAGCGCUCCGCUGGCCACGCCCGAGACGGACGGGAGCUUGUCAGAGCACACUCCACUUCGACUGGGAAGGUUGGAUCGGAACGCCAAUCCCGACAUUGAGACUGUCAGCGAAGACGCUGAGCCAAGUGCCAGUAAUGUUGCGAAGCCUCCGCUGAGGAAAACUGUUGUUUGCCCAGAGUAUAGCUUUCCGGAGCAGCAGGAACAACAGCCUGGAUGCUCCGGCGAGACUGUUCCAAUUAGAAUUAGUAGUAGUGUUAAACCGCAUAGGCCAUUGACGCGGGCAUUAUCCAACGGGAAGACCAAGCAGACAAUGAAUGGUCCGAUCAUCUCCGGAGACUUUUUGAUGGCUGAACCGAUCAAAGCUACACACAUAAUAUUUCCAAUUCAAAACUUGUCACCACACGCGAGGAGUCCGCCUUCUGGAUCAUCUACCCGAUCUGGAUCACCGCUGGAACACUCCCCGGAUCGAUCAUCUCCGGUCAUAAUGCAUCCAAAACCAAUACGGCCACAGCCUCGCCCCCUAACAAGAGUCGGCUGUGGUCGUAGUGAUCCAAUCUGCCCUCCAACGCCGACGCACCAUGCCAGAAGGUUACGCGUUCUUGCCGACAACUUUGGUCCUCCGGAUUUGCGACACAAUACGGUUGCCGAACAGCCCCUGUCUCCGGAAACUCGAUACAACGAACUCGUGGCCAUAACUGGAAGUCGCGUCGAUCAGUUGCGGGUCGCGGAAGGUCGAGAAGAUGAAGCGGAAACGGAUUCGCCGAUGAGACAUCUGACCAGUACAAGACUUCCGUCGAUACCGGAACGAGCUCGUGGGAUUUUGGCGGAACCGGAAGAGCCGCCCCCUGCAUGGGAAGCUCGGAUGGACAGCCACGGACGGAUCUUUUACAUUGAUCAUGCUUCGAGAACCACUUCGUGGCAGCGUCCAGGAGCGCAUUCUGGGCUGUCUGGCCCGGAUCAGCAUCGUCAACAGCUUGAUCGUCGUUACCAGUCCAUAAGGAGAACGAUCUACGACCGACGGGAUGCUGGAAAUCGAAGUCCUCCACGGUUCGGAUUCGAGAACAUCAACCCACGGCAGGGUGCAUCAGCGAUCGCCGUAGCAGUCAACGCCGCUCAAAUCGAAAAUCUCCAGCUUGAUCGUGCUGCCCAUCCAGCACUGCUGAUGAUCUGUCGGCCCGACUUCUACUCCAUGCUACACACCAACACGGACGCCAUUCAGAUCUACAAUCGCAACUCGGCGCUCAAGCACAUGGUAUCGCGUGUCCGACGGGAUCCGACCUGCUUCGGACGGUACCAGCACAAUCGGGAUCUUGUUGCGCUGGUUAACUGUUUUGCUGCACCCGAUAAGGACAUUCCUUCCGGGUGGGAAACCAAAAUGGAUCAGAGUGGCAAGCAGUUCUUCAUCGAUCACGUUAAUCGUCGGACGUCGUUUAUGGAUCCUCGGAUGCCUACGGACUGUCCGCGAGCUCGGCACCGCCCGGAACAGCUGAUUGCGACUACCGUAGCUCCCAUUGACGUAGCGCCGGCUCCACCACCCAGGCCACCCGCCUUGCCUCGGCUGAGCAUCGGAUCGCCGGAGAUUCCGGUAGCAUACAAUGACAAGGUCGUCGCCUUCCUGCGCCAACCCAACAUCCUGGAGAUUCUCCGCGAGCGGCACGGAGCGGCCGCCUGCUCGCGGAAUCUUCGCGAAAAAAUCAACUCCAUUCGGGUGGAGGGAACGGCGGCGCUGGACCGGCUCAGUCAUGACCUUCAGCUGACGAUCCUGCUGAGCCUGUUCGAGAACGAGAUUAUGAGCUACAUCCCGGUGGAGGCUCGCAGUCCCCAGGGUUCACCCAAUCUCAACAACACGUCGCGCGUGCCCCAGCGCGCUCCACCCCCCUUCCGGCGCGACUUUGAGGCCAAGCUGCGCACCUUCUACCGCAAACUGGAGUCCAAGGGCUUUGGCCAGGGACCGCACAAACUGAAGUGA